AUGGCGUCCUUCUUCCACCUGAAGGGCAGCAAGCCUACCUCGAAUACCCGAUCAACCCCCAUGCGUCCUUCCGGGCUACGCAAUGAAAUUCGCGCGGAUUCCUCCACCGCGUCGCGGAACGACACCACACCGACGAAAGCGGCCAAGCUCAAGAAGCCGGCGCCACCCGUCAAGGGCACGUUCAAACCCGCUCCGAAGCCUCUCUCCGGUAACGACCGCAGCCCCCUCUGGCUUGAGCGGCCCGUCACGGUGAAGGCCAAUGGCGUUGCGAUCGUGCCGCCUUCGAAGACGCGUCCUUCCACCGCUCCUACGGCGGCCUCAUCGCCAUCUUCGUCGCCCUCUCGCGCUGCUCCGGUUUCCAACCCUCCUGAGCCGCGCUCGGCGAAGCAUCCUUCAUCCCGCCCUCGGAUGCCGGAUGUCCUCCCCCGGUCUGGAUCUGCUCGGGGCCAUGACAACUCCAAGAGCGACUCGGCCGCUGUUCUCCUUCAGUCUCGUCCACACGUUAAGACUCUGCGCGAAGUGGGGACGCUUGAUGCGCCCAAGGCAGACGGUCGCAUGGACCCGGGUAGGGCCAAACGAUAUGUUCCGGACACCGCGUCGACUGUUGGAAGUGGUUACGGCACGGGUGGACAAUGGGUGUCAACAGUCGACAGGUUCGAGCGGCUCGGGGUCGCCAUGUCGGAGCACGGUUGCGACUCGGGCUCUGACAUCCUCGCGGAACAUAGCUUCCUCAAGCUCGAGUCCGAGUUCAGUGAUGCAGGGACACUCAUUACUCGCGCGAGCUCGGGGGUGCUUCCCGCAGGAGAAUUGACCCCUCGGCCGAAGCCUAACGGCAAGACUGCAGCGGCGACCUCUGGAUCCUCCAAGGCUUCAGCAGACUCUCCCUCCAAAACCAACAAACCAUCGGCUACUCCCCCGACAAAGGCUCCAUCUUCUUCCGAACACCGUCCGCGACCGUCCAAGAUCCCGGCGAACCUGACGCCCGACGACUCUAUUUCGAACUUCGGCGACGCACCUCUCCGUACUACGCGACCGACCCGCCCGCCCGCUCGUAGUGCCAAGUCGUCCAACGACGCAAAUGAGAGGGUCGCUUGCCGCACAUACAUGUCGGUGGAUGGCUCGCUUCGUGAACCUCAAGGCGCGCACACUGGUGCGACCUCGCAAGCCGACUCAGUACCAUCCAUCCUUCGCACCUCAGCGUCCGAGGCAAACCUCCGCACCACGCACGAACAUGUGUCGAGCAAGACCGCAACACCUCCCUCGAAGUCGCUUGGACGUUCUUCCCGUCGUGUUGCCAGUGCGGCCUCAUCAGCUAUCGACUCCGUUGCCUCAAGCUCAAUAUCAGGCCUCACCCCGCUCGCCUCGGCGUUCCCCAGCCCUCCCAAAACCGGUGAGGCAGCGAUCGUGAGACUCAUGCUGGACACCUUUCGCAAGUGGCUCCCUCACCUAGGUAUGGGGAAUCUCGACGUGAACAUGCUCUUCAAGAAGAAGUGUCAGCAGGAGAUCGCAAAGGGCGCAUCGGAGCAAGACGCGAUUCAGAGCGCCCUAGAGUCUAUCGUCAGCAUCGUCGACGCGGGGGUACGCGGGUUAGACGAGGCGAAAGGCCUCAGCACGGUACCUCCAAGUCCUCGUUCAGCAUCUUUCCACCCGAAGACCGCCAACAAGGCGCGCGACUUGCGCAAGUAG